CCCCAUCCUCAGGGGCGCACGCGCGCUCGUCUCCGGCGCGCACUCACGGGCCCACGCCGAUGUCGUUUUCUUUUAAUUGAUUUUUUCAAAAAAAUUCCAGAUGCACCGGCCACAUUUUAACGAUACGAGACAUUUUGGAGAUCUUUACGGAGCUGCUCUGCUGCGCGCCCUCACACCCACACCCACACACACACACACACACACUGGUGCGCACACACGCACAACUGAGUACUGACUGCACCUGACACCUGACUCCAGGUAAUGCCCUAGAUGCAGUGACAGCAGGCAGGUGGAACGUCCACACGCUCCCAGAAAUACGCACAGAGCCACUGAAGGACGAGAGAAGGCGACAGGGCAAAUUCCAGCCCUUCAGGAAACUGUUUGGAAAGAAAAAGAAACGGGAAGCAACAGGCUGCUUUGAUGGACCAGAGUUAAAAGCCAGUUACUCUACCGGGGAAGUGUGCAAUGGAGUCGUGUCUGAUGAGGAGGAGUCUAAUCAAAAUCUGAGAGAGUUGAAUCCCAUCGGAUCUCGAGCUCUCUCCCACGACAGCAUCUUCAUCCCCGAGGAGCCGGAGAAGGAACCUGGACUGGAUCACAGCAUGUCUCAGGAAAACGUCUCGGAUAAAGUCAGAAACCUGCAGAAACAGAUAGCACAGGGUAUAAAGUUUGGCCAGAGGCCGUCUUCACUCCGGAGGAGUGAGGGGGAUGAGGGCAGUUCAGAUGAGGAAGAGGUUCCCCGGAGCCCCUUGAAGGUUUUGGCCCAGGUAGAAGCCGAGCCACCGAAAACAGAGCCCAAGGUCCAAGGAGCUCAGGCAUCUGGACAGCACAGCACCCCGGUGAAGUCCCCGAGAUCCAAACGAGUUCUUCCACCGACCGGCACAAUCGAGUCCAUCAACCUGGAUGCCGUCCCCCAGUCGGUUCCUCUCCUCGACAACACCGCCGCCAAGCAUAAGCUCUCAGUCAAACCGAAGAACCAGAGGGUUUCCCGCAAACACAGACGAUUUACGCUGGACCUCCAAGAGGUGUCGGUACACGAUGAGCUGGAGGCCGCGGGCAUCUCCUCAGCUGAGCCGCGCAGGGCAUCCGUGGACGAGUCCCGGGAAAGCUUGAAGAAACAAAGACUCCAUGGGGUGGAAAUUCAAGAUGCAAGGAGGAGGAGGGAGCUGGAGGAACAGUGGUUUAGAAAAGAGGAGGAGGAGAGGGCGAAGAAGGCGGAGGAGCUGAGGCUGGAGGAGGAGAGGUGUCGCAGAAACCAGCAGGAGGAGCAAGAGAGGAGGCAGCGCGAGGAGGCAGAGGGGAGGAGGAGGGAGGAGGAGAGGAGAAUCAGAGAGGAGGAAGAAAAGAGGCGAGAGGAGGCAGAGAGAAGGAGGAGGGAGGAGAGAAGAAUUAGAGAGGAAGAAGAAAAGAGGAGGAACGAGGAGGCCGAGAGAGCAAGAAAGGCGGAGGAAGAAAGAAAAAUGAGGGAGGAAGAGGAAAGGAGGCGGCAAGAAGAGGAAGAACAGCUGAGGAAGUUGGAAGAAGAGCGGAAGAGGCGAGAAGAGGAAGAUCACCGGCAGCGGGAAGAGAAGAGGAGACAGCAGGAAGAGCAGAGGAGGAAGCAAGAGGAGGAGAGGCUGAGGAGGCUACAGGAGCUCGAAGCGGAGAAGAAGAGGAAGCAGAAAGAAGAAGAGGAGGAACGAAAGAAGAGGGAGGAAGCAGAGACACUGAAGCUUCGCGAGAUUGAGGAAAAGAACAAAUUGGAAGAAGGGGAGAGGAUGAGGAGACACGAGGAGCUGCGCUGGAAGGAGAUGGAGGAGAGACAGAGGCCGUUCUCUUUCAAAGUGUCCUCUGGAGAGAAGCAGAUUCUCUUCCAGAAGGUCAACCUGACGCCCGUCACGCCGGCCUCCGGCCACCAGGCUGCUGCGGCCGCUGACCAGAGGGAAGGGGCUAAGGCCUCCUCCCCGGAGGGGCCGGAGUCGCCCUGCCUCCCGGCGUCUCCGUGCGUCCCCCACACCGCCAUCCUGGUGACAGGAGCCCAGCUCUGCGGGACGGCCGUCAACCUGGACCACAUCAAAGACACCGCCUGCAAGUCCCUCCUGGGUCUGGGGGAGGACAGGAAGGCCCAGGGGGCGCCGCAGGCCAAGGGCAAGACCUCGCCGGACCGCAAGUCGGGCAAGACCAAGUCGCUCAACGAGUCGGCGCUGGCGAGCGACCAGUCCAGCGCCGCCGUGCUGGCCGAGUGGGCCAGCAUCCGCUCCAAGAUCUUCAAAGGGGUGGAGGACGGGAAGUACGACGAGUACCCGGAGCCGGCCGGCAGGGCUCCGCCCCAGCCCGGGGGGCCGGAGGAGCAGCCCCCCUUCGCCCACGCCAACCUCCGAAAGACCAUGUCGGCCAGCGCCAAGUUCUCCAUCACCCCGGCCAGGAAGAAGUUCGGAGACUCCAACAGGAACUCGGAGGCGUUCGCUCCCGAGGACAGGGAGGCGGGGGAGGACGGCCCCGCCGCGGCCCCCGCCGCUAAACCUCAGAGCAGGCCGGGCAAAACGGUCCGGAUCGCGGAGAGAGGGGCCGACGAGUGCAUGUUUGCCAAAGACCUCCCGUCCUUCUUGGUUCCCAGCCCCGGGGAGAGGCCCGACGGGCCGGAGCCGCACAGCCGCCUGCAGGGCGACUCGGAGGCUACCGAAGGCAAAGCGGAGGGGGAGGGGGAGGGGGAGGGGGAGGCGCACGGACUGGACGGCGACGACCAGCCCUCGCCUUUCGGCAUCAAGCUGAGGAGGACCAACUACUCCCUGCGCUUCCACAGCGAGCAGUCCGCGGAGAAGAGGAAGAAGCGCUACAGCGCCGGGGACAGCUUUGACGGCGUGCCCUCGCCCCUGACCCCCAUGGAGCCGGACUCCGACGCCUCCUCCGUCUUCUCCGACAGGUCCACCCCCACCUCGCCCCAGAAAGAGGGAGCGGUCAGCAAGUACCUGCUUUCCUCGGCCUCCCCCGGAACGCCGAGGGGGAAGCCGGGCAAGUCCCCCAGCCCGACGCCGCACCACCAGGGCGAGAAGGCGCCUCCCAAACCCUCCGUCUACAAAAGACCGACCGCAUCCCCCAAACCGACCCCGCCCCCCUCGCCGCUGCCCAAGGCGCUCCACGGGCCUCCCGGCGAGGACCCGGCCCCCAGAACGGGGGGCGCAGCGGAAACGUCCGGAAGGGAGCAGGCCGGCCGGAGCGAGGAGCCGUCGGCCGUGGCCCAGCUGCACCGGAGCGGCCACGGCCCAGCCCAGGGAGAGGAGGAGCCCAAAGAGAAGAGAUCCUUCUUCCCCUCCCUCAACAUCCCCUGGAGAGAGAAGACGGACAGGAAGGCGGAGCUCAUCCGGAGAGAAAAACCGUCCCUACAGAGCAGACACUCGCUGGACAGUGCUAAGGUCCAGGAGAAGGAGGCCGGGCCUUUGUGGAUCACGCUGGCUCUGCAGAAGCAGAAAGGCUUCAGGGAGCAGCAGCAGAACCGCGAUGACCGACGGAGCCAAAGAGAGGCCAAACUAGCAGAGAAGCAAACCAGAGACAGGGACAGUCUGGCGCCGGCGAGCCCCACCGACAGCAAAGGCAGCGGCAGCGUCAGCCCGUCCUCCAAACCGCAGACGCCCGAGGAGCCCAAGAGGCCCGACAGCCUGCUGGGACGGUUCGAGCGCCGGGAGGUCCUGAAAAAGGCCAACACUCUGCCCAGCUCCGUCACAGUUGAGAUUGCGGACUCCACUCCGUCGCCACCUUCCGUCAAGGACGUGUCAAAGCGCUUCCCGUCCAGUGACUCUCCGCAGGUGUCCACAGAGCCGGCCUGGCUGGCCCUGGCCAAGCGGAAGGCCAAAGCCUGGAGCGACUGUCCCCAGAUCAUCAAGUAA